AUGGGGUGUUUCAGCUUUCGUCCCUCCAAAUCUCCACCCUCCAUGAAAGCCUCUAACCCAAUCCAAUCUCCUCAGAAAAGCCCUGAACCCAAAAAGCUCAAACAAGAAGUACUUCUACAGAUAUCAGGAUGUAGUGCUCAUCUAAUGGAUGGAGGAGAAGCUCUAGAACUUGCCAAUGGAGAAUUUAAACUUGAAAGAAUCAUGGAAGACGACGUUUCCCUUGCUACGAUCGUAAAAGUCGGCGAGGAUCUUCAAUGGCCUCUGACUAAAGAUGAGCCUGUAGUGAAACUCAACUCUUUGAACUAUCUGUUUUCACUGCCAAUGAAAGAUGGUGAUCCUCUUAGCUAUGGAGUGACAUUUUUGGAGCAAAACAGCAGCAGUUUGAGCUGGCUGGAUUUGUUUUUGAAGGACAAUUCUUGCUUCUCGUCGUCGUCGUGUAAUGCAAACAACAUGAACUACAUUAAUUGGAAGGAGUAUGCGCCGAAAAUUGACGAUUACAAUAACAUUUUGGCUAAGGCGAUUGCACAAGGUACUGGCCAGAUUGUGCAGGGGAUUUUCAAAUGUAGCAAUAGUUAUGCCAAUCAGGUAAACAAGGGAGGUGAAAUGAUUCUUAACAAUCCUCCUCCAGUUGCAGGUGUAAAAAGAUCAGGAAGUUCUCCUAGUGCCACCCAAAACAACAAAACUUCAAUCAACAGAAGCUUAAAACGAGUAAGAAAACUGUCGAAGAUGACUGAGCAGCUGAGCAAAUCCAUGCUAGACUUGGUUGGGAUAGCCUCAGGAUCAGUGAUGGGUCCUGUAAUGAAAUCCCAAGCAGGAAGGGCCUUCUUUGCCAUGGUUCCAGGGCAAGUGCUGUUGGCAUCAUUAGAUGCAGUCAACAAGAUGAUGGAUGCAGUAGAAGCAGCUGAAAAGCAAGCACUUUUGGCAACCACAAAGGCUACAACUAGAAUGGUGUCAGAUAGAUUUGGGGAAAGUGCUGGGGAAGCAACUGGGAAUGUGCUUGCAACUGCAGGGCAUUGUGCUAAUACUGCUUGGAAUGUGUUCAAGAUUAGGAAGGCCAUUAAUCCAGCUUCCUCUGUCUCUGCUGGAGCCCUCAAGAAUGCUGCAAGAACUAGAAACUUUUAGCCACAAAAUGGCUGCAACUCUCUUACAAAACCAUCAAUAUUAUUGUUUCAAUCUCCGAUAUACUUUCUUUAAAUGAAUUCGAGAAAAUAGAUUCAAGUCAUGGUGAUCAUGUAUCUAAGAUUUUAUUAUAUCCUUUUAAGGCUUUUUA